GUUGACGGCCGCAGACUUUCAGCGAGCCAUGAUGAACAUUGCGGGCUUGGCACCGCAGCGGCGACAACCGGCCCUCUCUUUGAGGGAUGCGGUGGACGCGAACGCUAUCGAAGCCUCGGGUUUCCUCGAUGACCCGGAGGUGCAGGAGGCGCUCUUGCCGCUCUUGCCCGAGAGAAACCAGACGGCGGAGGAGCUACGAGAAACCAUCCGAAGCCCCCAGCUUCAGCAGUCGCUUUCAUCGCUCUCUCGCGCCCUAAGGUCCGACAACUUCAACAACAUCAUGUCGAGCUUCGAGCUGAACCCUAGCAAUCCUCGCAGCGCAGAAGCGAUGGCGAGGGGCGAUGGCGUCGAAGCCUUCGUCCAGGCUCUGGCGCACUCUGCGACACAAAGGCGGGAGAGGGAGGCCGCCGAGGCGGCGGCUCAGGAGGGGGCGGAAGGGGAAGGCGAAGGAGGUGGUGCGGGAGCAGAGGGGGGAAAUGACCCAAGAACGGAGGGAUAGACAGACACAAGAAGAGAAAGAAACGAAGAUGCCUUACCUAAGUGAGAUUUCAAGCUGAUUGGGCAGUAAUACUGUAGCAUAAGAGAAAGCCCCAUGGAGCAAGUUACUUGGAAGAAUCGCUCCGUUGUUUCUCUACCCGACAAAGCGAAAUCGCAUGGCACCCUUACGGUGGUGUUACAUC